AUGGCCGCAUCCAACAGCAGCGCCUAUCUAGACCUGUUCGGUGGCACCCACAAGUGGGACGCUUCCGAAUGGGUCACCUCUGAUGAUCGCGUUCGCGGCGGUUCCAGCGUCUCCCGCCUGGCCGUGUCCGACGACGGCCGAGCUGCGACAUUCACCGGGCACCUGGACACGUCGACCCUGGGCGGUGCGGGCUUCGCUUCCCAGCGCACCCGGGGUACGCUCCACCAGGACCUCUCGGCGUACGAUGGGCUGCUCAUCACCGUGACGGGUGGUGACUCAAAGCGCUACGCUGUUACGCUCAAGGAUGAGAUCCCCGGCCGCCGGGAUGAUGGCCGCGACCUCAGCGGUGUGAGCUGGGAGGCCGACUUUGCUCUUGGUAGUGGUGGUGAGGGCACCAAUGAGGGCUCGCAUGCCGAUCAACAGACGGAAACGACGACGACAGCGUCUGCGACUGACGGCCAGCAAGUGUAUCUGCCAUGGGGACAGUUCAAGGCCACCUAUAGGGGCAGGCCCAAGCCAGAUGCAGAGCCACUGGAUCUAACGGAUGUCAAACGCUUUGGCAUCAUGAUGCGCAGCAUAAGCAUCUCCUCGAUCGCGGCUACCAAGAGCUCCGGGGCCGAACACCUCAACAACAGGAGUGCGUUUGAUGAAACUGAGGAUGAAGACGACCAGGCAGCGCUUGAGAAGCGCGCACAGGGUACCCUAAACGAGAUCAAGACACCCAACCAGGAAGGAGACUCUCCAGGGUCGAAGACGUCGGCGACCUCGCCUCCAGUGGGGUGGAGGCGUGCAUUCUGCGGCUUCAUCUAA